CCGCAAGGAGGCCCAUGAUCUGCUACAGUGGCAUGAAGCCACCAGCAUAGAAAAGCUCAAGUUUUGGCACUUUGAACCAUCCAAGGAGCACGACGAGCGACACUGGAGGAGCAUCACAAGGAAUUCAUGGCCAAACUUGUGACUAGGUUGGUUUACACUUGUAACCACCUGCAGUCCGAGUUGGCGAACCUCCAGCGGGCCGUAUGGAACCACAAGGCUCAACACGAGGAUGCAGCACGGGCACUUGAUUCCCGUGUACAGGACUUGGAGCAAACUGCACCAAGACUAGAGGCUGGCGAGUCCAGCAGUGCACCCUCUGCCCGCCAACUGGAGGAACGAGUUGACCACGUAGUCGCAAUGCUCGACGACAUCAAUACCUUUGCUGCACCAACCACAAUCAGCAACCAGCUAGACACCUUGAAGACCGAGGUUCAGCAACUUCAGCUGCCUAACAAAGAUGGCAACACCACGCAGCAUUACAAGAUGCCGACAUUCCAAAUCGAGAAGUUCGAUGAUUAUACGCAUCAAGACCCGGUCCUCUGGUGGGAGGGCUUUACAACGCAACUUCGGAUUCUGUUCGUCGCCAAACACGUGUACAUCGGCGCGAUGUUCCUCAACUCAAAGGGCGGAUGCCAGAUCUGGUUGAGCCACCUGGCAACCGUCCACGGCGCCGACGUCGCAGAUCUGAAAGAUAAGAUCUCUUGGGAAGAGUUAACACGACUAUGGAAGAAGCGGUUCAUCGUGGACGAUGCCCCGACGCUCGCCAUGAACCGCCUCUUCGCUAUGACGCAAGGCAACACAUCGACACGUGAAUGGCUCACGGAAUGGCAAGAGAUCGCGGCAACGCCUGAUCUUGGCUUGCCAUUUUCGCAUCUGCGCCGCGAGUUCUACAACCAGUCAUGUGCCGCCUUGAGCCUUGCACUUAGUGAUCGCGAGCAAUACGCGACCUUCGCCGAAAUCAUUGACAAGGCAAGGGAGAUCAUCAAGACCACUAGGGCAGCUGCACACGAGAAAUCAGCAUGGCAGACAACCUAUGUGGAAAAGGUGAAAGCUGGUCCGCGGCCGCAGCAUGUCGCUGCAGUCCAAUCGAACAACAUUGUGGAAGACUCGGCAAGCACCCAAGCGUCACUACCAACUUCGUUGAUGGACGUUGGAGUAGAGGUUGCCGACCUUCACAAUUACAUUGCGAAGAUCGACCGCGAGUUCAGGACACAACGGUAUGACGACAUCGACGCACCAUUGUUAUAUGUACGCAUUCAGAUCGGAAAGGUGACCUGCAGUGCUUUGAUCGAUUGCGGAGCAUCUCGCAACUACAUGACCCAUGACUUUAUGGUACGCGUCGACCUUGACCCACGCGUCCGGGGGAAGUCCCAGCCUACGCAAGUCACGUUGGCGGAUGGUCACGCGCACAAGUCAAUAGACCGGUGCAUAGAUGACGUCCCCGUGUACUUUGCCCCGCAUGGAAGCGAGGCAGUGUCCUUCGAUAUUUUGGACACCAAAUUCGAUAUGAUCUUGGGCAUGUUAUGGUUGCGAAGCGAGGAUCACUCGGUGAACUUCUAUCGCUGCACCGUUCACGCUCGUGAUCGGAACGGGGUACUAGUCCCAUGCACGGUGCCUCCUCCACACCCUUCGAUCAGCUGCCACGUGAUGUCUGCCGCAAGCAUGCGAGCUUCCAUCAUCAGAGACGGCAUCGAGGAAAUGGGGGUGCGUUUUCUCCACGCCCUCCCGCCCCAUGACGCUUCAUCGACGGACUCAUCUUCAGACCCACGCAUCACCGAACUUCUCGACGCCUACGGCAACGUGUUCGAAGGCCCGCAUGGAGUAGUACGAGAUCGGGCUAUCCGCCACGAGAUCAUCCUCGAGGACGGGGUUGUACCUCCGCGUGGUUGCAUCUACCGAAUGAGCGAGGAAGAGUUAAGUGUGCUGCGGGCACAACUCGACGACCUUUUGGAGAAAGGUUGGAUUCGGCCUAGCUCAUUGCCAUACGGUGAUCCCGUUCUCUUCGUCCGGAAGAAGAACAAGGAUUUGCUGUUGUGCAUCGAUUAUCGCAAGCUCAACGCGCAAAUGGUCAGAAACAUCGGCCCUCUUCCACGCAUCGACGACCUUCUCGAACGGCCGGGCGGCGCCAAGUUCUUCUCCAAGCUUGACCUCAAGUCGGGAUAUCACCAACUCGAGAUUCGGUAGGAGGACCGCUACAAAACCGCGUUUAAGACGCAA